ACACACUGACCAUGGCAUCGGAAAAGCCAAUACUUUAUAGCUAUUUCCGAAGUUCCUGCUCUUGGAGAGUGAGAAUUGCCCUGGCUCUGAAAGGGAUUUCCUAUGAUCUGGUGCCAGUGAACCUCCUGAAGGAAGGGGGACAGCAGUUUUCUGCUGAAUUCAAAGCAGUGAAUCCAAUGCAGCAAGUCCCAGCCUUGAAAAUUGAUGGCAUCGCCCUUUCUCAGUCGCUAGCUAUAAUUCAUUACCUAGAAGACACCCGUCCUAACCCCAGGCUCCUGCCCCAAGAUCCGAAGAAGAGAGCCAAAGUCAGAAUGAUCGCCGAUCACAUUGUCUCUGGCAUUCAGCCACUCCAGAACCAGAGCAUCCUGAAACAAAUGGGGGAGAAAAAAAUGGAAUGGGCUCAGAACUGCAUCGCAUCUGGCUUUCAAGCGCUGGAGCAGAUUCUGCAGCACACUGCUGGGUGCUACUGUGUGGGGGAUGAAGUUUCCAUGGCUGAUCUGUGUUUGGUGCCUCAAGUUUUCAAUGCUGAAAGAUUCAAAGUGGACAUGGGUCCAUAUCCCACAAUAACCAGAAUAAACAAAGCUCUCCUGGAGUUAGAGGCAUUCAAAGUAAGCCAUCCAUCCCGGCAGCCAGAUACUCCAGCAGAGCUGCGAGCUUGAAGCUCUUCUACUCAUUAAAUCAAGUAAGCUGGAGUGUCAAAGAGGACAACAACUACAGCUUGAGUAGGACUUCAGUGCCAGCAGGAAGCCCUAGUACUAUUGUCUGACUUUCUCACU